GGACUAGUUCACUCCCAAGCUACGGUUCCAGUGACUAGUAUACUCAUUUUUAGUUCGGUAUUUUUUACGCCUAAUGUCUUCAAUGGAAGAUAAGCAGACCUGUGUUAGAUUGAUCAGAGCUGUUAAAGCACGGCCUUGUCUAUACGACUACACUUUGGGGCAAUUUUCGGAAAAGUACGUUACCGAUCAAGCAUGGGAAGAGGUUGCACAGGAGACGGGCAUGAACGCCUACAAGUGCAAAGAGAAAUGGAAAAACAUGAAAAUCGUUUUGAAACGCCAUCUCAGGAAAGGAGUCAUCAAAAGGAGAAGGAAGUAUUACUUAUACGAUUACCUAAGAUUUGUUAUACCCUUCAUGAAGGUGAAUGAUCCCCAAACAUACGUUUCUCGACCAGUCAGCGAUAUCGUACAAAACACAACAGAUGAAGAUCCGCUCUUAGCAGAACCUCAAAUUCAAACAGCAGAAACAUCAACGAAGUGCUCCAGUCCCACCAUUAGUUUCGAAAUACAGAAUAAUUCAUCUUUAAUUGACCACACAUACAAUAAUGAGACAGUGGUACAAAAUAAAAAUAGAAAUAUGUCCGAGGAGCAUUGUGAAAUGCAAGAAACGGAGAUGGAGUUGAUCAGUAGCAGGAAGAAACAGGAAGAAGAGGCGAAAAAAUCGUUUCUUAUGAGCCUGUUACCGGAUUUGUACUUGAUGAAUGGACAGCAGACGAGGUUUUUUAAGAAGUGCGUUUUAGAGACAGUAGAGCAAAUAUUGGAUGGCCACAAUCAGAAUAUAUUAGAAAACUCGAAUUACUCACCCAUGUAAUUCGGAACAUACUGUAGGAUAAACAUGAAAAUUUUUUUGUCAAAAUCAUGUUGAACGUUUCGAUACUCUAUUGUUGAAACUUUUUAAAAUUUUUAUUAAUAGGAAUGUUAUUUCUAGAGUGAAUACAUAAAAUGGAGUAAAAAGUAACGCACAAAAUUCAUAUCUUCGGAAUUUACUAUUUUGUAGAAAAAUGCUCGAAUAGCUCAAUUUUUAUUUUGAAUUUGGUACGUUAAUAAAAGGAUUAUACAUUUCCGCAUGACAAACUUCUCACGUAUGCAUGGAAAGUUGUGUAAUUUCAAAUAAAAACUGACAGAGCAUUUUUCUACAGAAUAGUUGAUACCAAAAGAUAUUAAUUUGGUGCGUAAAUUUUUUGCGUUAUUUUUCACUCAUUCUGUCUGUUUUUUUUUGUGAAAGAAAUGUUGGAUUAUCUGUUUCUGUGUUUCUCUUUUUCUAAGCAAGAAAAUUGCUUGGGGACUAAGUUUUUUUCUUAGAAUGGCCUUCUGUGAUGUAGAUACCAGAAAUAUAUUAUUUUCGCAAAC